UUGUAGGGUUGGGCUUUAAAGGCUUAAACCCACGCCAUAAGAAAUCGAAAAAUCCCAAAUCCGAGUCUAGGGUUUUAUCAUCGACUUUCGGUCAUUCCGAUCCUCCCUUUGUCUUACACCGAACAAUUCGAAACCAAAAAUGUUCCCAGGGAUGUUUAUGCGUAAGCCUGAUAAGGCUGCUGCUCUCAAGCAGCUCCGAUCUCACGUCGCUAUGUUCGGCGUUUGGGUUGCUGUAAUUCGUGUUACUCCCUAUGUUCUUCACUACCUUUCCGACGAGAAAGAAGAGCUCAAGCUGGAUUUUUAGGUCGUUCCCUAAGUUUUUGACUCGAGCAUGCGGUGAGGUGAAGUGAAGGCUUUCCAAAUUAUAACCUGUUUUCUUCUAUUGAUCUCAUGGGAAAAGAAGGGAAGGAGACUCGUAAUCUUUUUCACUAUUUUCCAUUUUUACCUUUUCUAUUGGAUAAUAGGCAAAUGGUUAUUUUAGUGUUUGAUGAGACGUGAAACCAUUCCAUUAAAUCUCUGGUUGGGUGUGGGGGCAGAUAAGGAAGGUUGCAUUAUAGUUAGUUGGUAGAAUGUGUUAAUGUGAGAUGCAGAUGACACUGUCCUUUUAUGCAGCUAGAGUUAUUUGGCCUUAAUUAUUAUUGUAACUUUAUUUAUUUCAUAUAUUAAACUCCCAAUUAUAAUGAAUAAAUAUAAUAACUUCCCCCAA